UUGAGUAGCCCUUCCAGGAACACCGAGCUCUAUUUAGUUUACGUUGUCUAUUUAUGACGAGUCUAUGUUAUUAAUUCCGUGGAUGUAACCAGAGUUGUUAAUGAAUUAUUCCACAUUCAGGAAGGAAAACAAGCCCAUAAGGACCAUCAGUCAGCACUUACGAGGCAGGACAGCGCUCUAUAAAAAGAGAGGGGAGCCGCGAGAAAGACCGCAGACUGUGAGGAACUUCUUCCAGCAGGACCGCAUCCAGCGCUGCCUUCGUUCCUUCAUCCGGUUCUCCUCAAACUGCCUCCGUGCGGGGGACUCGUGGGGGUGAGCGCGCGCUUGGGUAACCCUGGUUCAUUUCUGGCUCUUUUGCGCACGAGGACGGGGUUGAUAAAAAAGGUCGGAGCGCGCGCGCUGACAGCAAGUCUCUUCUCAGAAGGAUCAACCUGAGCAGAAGAGCUAAUGGACGUCUCCAGGCUUCUGCUGUCCGUCGUCAUGGUGAUGUCCACGUCUGAUGGGACACCAGAAGCAUCAGAUUCUUCCUGCUUUCACCUGGACCAGGAUAGAUAUAAAGUUAUUAAAGGUGAAGCAUUUUAUUAUGUGCCCUACGACGUGGAUGACCCCAACCUGCCUGAUGCUAACAUUACGUGGUACAAAGACGGGUCAGAGGUCAUGAAUAUCACCACAGACGAGGCACACAGGAUUCAUUACCAUGGAGGAGCGCUGUUUUUCUUAAACAUCAGCACUAACGAUGCUGGUCACUAUUCUGCCAGGCACAUUGAGUCAUCAGGUGAAUGUUUCUACUAUCAUCUGAAGAUCGAGGUCUUCGAUGAAACGAGUCGAGAGAAUCUGACCUAUGGAUCUAUCCGAAACUCUGACCAGAACAAAAACAUUCCUUGUCCGCAGCCUGUUAAAGACACAUGCAAAACAUUUAACGGGAACUUCACCUGGUUCAAGGGCAAGAAUCUCAUUCCUGGCCAACACAAAGAAAGCCUGUGGGUAAAUGAUGCAACAAAAGACGAUGAGGACAUCUACACCUGCAUAUGUACCUGGACUCACAACCACAAGGUGUACAACUCUUCUGGUUCCAGGAGACUUUUUGCUCUAGAGAAAGCCGUUUAUGAAAAAGUAAAAAUCAUCUCUCCAAACACAACGGAGCAGCUGGUUAAGAAAGGCUCCAGCGUGAAGCUGAUCUGCACUGUUUACUGUGGGAUUAAUGCAGUAAGGGACUGUGAGGCCACAUGGUUUAUUAAUGGAAACCCAGCAAAGCAGAUGGACGGAUACAACGAAACCACCACGUUAGAGAUCAUGGAUCCUUCAAAGAGAACCUUCUCCACAGCGACCCUGACCAUCGCACAGGUUUCAGCAGCAGAUUUCCAGCAUGAGUUUAAGUGUCUGGGCUCAGGCUUUUAUACAGUAACCUCUGCAACUUUAACUCUGAAGAAAGAUGGUUAGUGUCAGGAUGCGUUCCUAAACUUCUGCCUAUGAUAUGAUAUUUGUAGAAGCAACUGUUAAUGUCGCAGGUGAUAUAUUAUGCUGACCCAAAUUAACAAUCAUCAUGCUGGCAUAUCCAGGUUUAUUAGGGUUGUUUUGUGUGUAUGUUUGAUUACUUACCUUGUGUUACUUAUAUUCAAUUUUUCUUGGUAAAUUCUGUUGAUUUUUCUGUCGUUUCUAAGGUGUUGCCAUAUAAGCUAAUUCCUCUCUGUUUGCUUAUUUUUGUUUUGUUCUGCAUCCUGUAAUGGAGGGUCUUCACGUGUGUGCCUUAAAAUUCAUUCAGACAGCUUUUUAGUUCUCAUUAAUAACUAGAAAGAUGAAGCCCUAAAGUUCCUACACUGGCUCCCUGAAGUGAAGACAGUAGGUUGUAAGGCUGCGUUCACACUGCAGGCUGCAGUGACCCAAUUCCGAUUUUUUUGACGUAAUGCCAACUUUAUCCGAUCUUUUCAUGACAGUCUGAACAACACAGAUCGGAUUCUUUUCGAAUGUGACCCAGGCCACUUGCAUAUCGGAUACGUAUCCGAUUCAAAUCCGAACUGAACGUUUUACUCUUUUGCGUCCUGAUACGCGCAAGCACCGUCAGCAGCCAUAUUUACUUCUUCUUUUUAUGGCGGUCGGCAGAACAGCGAGGACGCUGACGUUAUUGCACCCUCUACUGCGCAUGCGGGACACUUUCAGGUCGUUUGCCCGUUCAGACUGCAGAACACAUAAAGGUCGCAUAUUUGUGGCAGUGUGAACGGCCCAGGCAAAAAAAAUUAGAUUUGACACAAAAACAAAAAAAAUCGGAAUUGGGUCACUACAGGCUGCAGUGUGAACGCAGCCGAAAAUGCUUUUGUUAGCUUGUAAAUCACUUAAUGGCUAAGUCCAAGACACAUUAAAGGUGUGUUGUCGGUUUAAAAAAUACAUUAAGCCACUUGUUGUCGUAUCAAAACUCCAGCACAUUCAGGUCUUCUAGUUCAGGUUUACUUUGCAUCUCCAAUCUCAGAACCAAACAUGGAGUAGCAGCAUUCAGUUUUUAUUCUCCACUAAUGUGGACUGCACUUCGAGAAAACUUCAAAAAUGCUGAAGCACUGAGUACCUUUAAAUUAAGGAUGACAUUUUAUUUUAUAUAUAUUUUCUUUUAGCUUAGUCCUUAAUAACUACUGGGAUAUCAUAAAGUGUAGUCUGUUUUUCAAGCUGACAUCAUUGUCCCUUACUUUGCCAUGAAUGAAAUGUUUUAUGCUUGUUUGUUGUUGUAUUUUAUUUCUAGUCAUGUAAAACACGUUGAAUUACUUUGUUGCUGAAAAUGUACCAUUCAAAUAAAGUUGCCUUCCCUUCCCUUGCAUGAAUGUUAUUUCCUUUGAA